AUGAGUAAACAGUCGCAAAUGACGAACUUUUUCAAACAACCGCACAAUACAUCGACUUCUGAUAAUCAAAACUCAAAUAUUACAAAAAAACAUAAUUUGGAUACUACUCAAAAUGUUGAUGAACCAUCACUCAAAAAGGUAAAAAUAUUAAAAUAUAAAGAUAGUUACAUUGAAUAUGGCUUUACAUACUUAAACGAGAAUGGAAAGGAUGUUCCUCAAUGUGUUAUUUGUGAAUUAUUUAGUAAUGAGCACGUGACAAAGAUUAAAAAAAUACCUAUGUCUAAUGAUACGAUAAGUAGAAGAAUAAAUACUAUGUCUAAUGAUAUUGAAAAUCAGCUUAGUGAAAAAAUCAAAAAAUCAAUUUUUUACGCAAUACAGCUCGACGAAUCUACUGAUAUAAAUAAUGAAGCUAUAUUAUUGAUGUAUGUGAGUUUGGCUGAAGAAGCAUUACAAUUACUUAUUCCAUUUUCUACUACAUAUUUGUGUGAAAAUGGUUUUUCCACAUUAACAACAAUAAAAAAUAAAACUAGAAACCGUCUGGAAAUUUCAUCGGCUAUGAGAAUUAGCUUGACGAAGUCAAUUAAACCAAGAAUUGACGAAAUAAUAUCACAUCAACAGCAACAACCAAGCCAUUAA